AUGACAAAUUAUGACCCAUAUUAUGAUCUUAUGAGUGCCUGCCUUUCCAAUAAUCUAAAAGGCACCCAGUUCAUUUCUGAAUUGCCUGUCAGUCGGAGUCCCACUCAGCCCAAAGACUUUCCCAACAACCAACAACCAGGACAAGGUCUGCAGAUGAGGAAGCGUUCGACUGAUAUCUCGCCGCCCUCGAAAGCGCUGGUCGUGGCGAACUACUUUAACCGGGGAAAUCAAAAUUGGGGUUCAUCAGCAGGAACAUGUCGUACAGGGAAUGCAGCCUCGGAGGCGAAAGAGAAAGGAGCUGUUGGCCCUUCCGGCUUGCAUUUACAAGUCUUAACGGGCCUUUGGCCAAAUCAAUACCAGGACCAUCAAAGAAAGCUACAACUUGGGGUAAAUGCCCAGCAAGGUGAAGGGAUCUACUUGGGAAAGCACCAAUUACUUCUAAUAGGAACUCUAGAAGCAGACAUGGAAGAUGGAGAGUCUGGCGAUGACGAGAACGGUGAGCAAGGGGAGGAAGACUAG